GGUAUUAAUCGAUGUGCAUUUAUAGUGCCCGAGUUCCUUAUUACAAAAACUAUAUUUAGUGUUUUUGGAACUAAUUUCACGUUUCAAUGGAUUCGUCGGAUAAAAGUUCGAUUAAAGAAAACCUAAUAGUGGGCACAAUUAAGUCGAGAUAUGGUGAAAUAUGCGUAGAUCUUAACUUGCAAAAUGUACAUAUCGACAAAAAUCGAGUUGGGAACUUGUAUCUGACAAAUUAUAGACUAAUUUUUAUACCGAAGGACUCUAACAAUAAAGUCAAUUCGUAUACUAAAAUUCAUCUGGGAACAAUUUCAAAUAUUCAAUUUCAAAGUCAAUUUCAAUCGAAGAAAACUAAGGAAGUAGAGAUUGAAUUUAAAGACGUUCGUCCAAAUAUGAAAAUUGUUGGAGAUGAUUUAAAUGCAAAAUUCGACCGAUUUAAAUCUUAUCUAUUGCACUACGCUUUUCCUUUAGAUUAUGCUCCACCCAAUAUUGAUAAGAGAGUGAAGGAGGAGUAUGUACCAGAAAUAUUUUCAGUCAGUCACUACAAGCAUACUCCAUACAAAGAUGAACCUUGCUUUUCAUUCGAUAUGGAAGCGGAAAUGAAACGAAUAUUAGCACCUAAAGCUGGAAAUGGUUCAGAGAAUUCAAAUUGGAAAUUGCUAAACCAAGCGAAAUCUUCAGACGAAUAUUCAAUUUGCGAAUCUUAUCCCUCACAUUUGUACGUACCGAGUGAUAGUGAUGCCUUCCUCCUUAAAGCAGUCAGUUAUAGGAGUAAAAAUAGAUUUCCCGUACUCUCUUGGAUUGAUACAGAAACCCAAGCAAGCAUUACUAGGUGCAGUCAGCCUCUAGUCGGAAUAAAGGGAUCUGUAUCACACGACGAUGUAACACUUCUAGAGACCAUUCAAAAGUUGAAUAAAAAUUCUUUAAAAUUAUACAUAAUUGACGCAAGACCUUGGAAAAAUGCUCAAGGUAAUCGACUUCGUAAUGGUGGUGUUGAAAAUAUGGACAACUACAGUUUCGCUGAACUACAAUACGUGGAUAUAGACAAUAUUCAUGUAAUGAGAGAAUCUUUACGAAAGCUAAAAGAGGCUUGUUCAUCUGAUAAUCCUACUAAUUUCAUGUCAGAAGUUGAAAAUAGUAAAUGGUUGGAGCAUAUUAAAAGAAUAUUAAGAGCGGCCAACACGGUUGUAGACCGAAUUAACAAUAAAUCUUCUGUCUUAGUUCAUUGUUCGGAUGGCUGGGAUAGAACGUCUCAAAUAACCUCAUUGGCGAUGCUAUUAUUAGACUCAUAUUAUAGAACAAUGACUGGUUUUGCAAUAUUAAUUGAAAAAGAAUGGAAAUCUUUUGGGCAUAAAUUUGGUCAAAGGUGCGGAUAUGGAAGUAAUAAAGAAUUAGAUGAGAGAUCGCCUGUCUUUCUACAAUUUAUAGACUGUGUUUGGCAAAUUAUGAUUCAAUUUCCAACGUGCUUUGAAUUUACUGAGAGCUUUCUUCUUGCGAUUUUAAAACAUUUAUACAGCGGCAAAUACGGAACUUUCCUAGGCAACACUGAAAAAGAUAGAAACAAGAAAUAUGCUAAUAAAACAAGAAGUCUAUGGAACAAAUUACUUCGUGACGAUGUUAAAAUUUAUUUUAUAAAUCACCUUUAUAAUGGAGAUUUAAAACAUAUAAUCGUUCCAGCACCAUUUAUAAGGAGAAUGAGAUUAUUUACAACCUAUUAUUGUCAGCAUCGACCGAAUCGUCAACCUAGUAGCAACCAAACACCUUUUUGGAAUGCUCUUUUUAGAAAGAAGUUAGACUUUAUUAAGGGUCGAGCAGAAUCCUUGGCGAAUAAUACAAACAAGAAUAGAUAUUCUGGCCCUGCAAAACAUACAUAA